GGUGCGCGCGCGAGCCGGCGGUGACCCGGGCGACAGCGGUGACCGAGAGAGAGGAAGGUGGCGGCCGCGAGUCGCUGCCACUCCGGGCCGGAGUCGGCGGUUAGAAUCGGGGCCGGCAGCCCGGACAGAGUCAGAAUUGCCUGGAUUCACCACUGUGAUUCCCGCCAUGGGUUUGUCCUCAUCUACCCCUGCUGUUGCAGUUCAGACCCCAAAUGCUUCAGAUCAUCAGACAGCAUCCCCGCGGACAGGAUGUCCAAUGCAUGAAGGGAAAAUGAAAGGCUGUCCAGAGAGUGCACAGCCCUCUGACUCAACCUGUGGGAGCCAAACGAACUCUGUGCCUGCCCACCAGGAGCGCGCAUACGAAUACGUGCAGUGCCCCGUCACCGGUGCUAAGGCUGGGAAUAAGGAGAACCUAGAUCCUUCUAACCUGAUGCCACCACCUAAUCAGACACCAGCGCCUGAUCAGCCGUUCACACUAUCUACUGUGAGAGAGGAGUCGUCUAUUCCAAGGGCAGAUUCAGAUAAAAAGUGGGUUUAUCCUUCCGAACAGAUGUUCUGGAAUGCGAUGUUAAGGAAAGGGUGGAAGUGGAAGGAUGAGGACAUCAGUCAGAAAGACAUGUAUAAUAUCAUUAGAAUUCACAACCAGAAUAAUGAGCAGGCCUGGAGGGAGAUUUUGAAGUGGGAAGCCCUUCACGCCAAGGAGUGUCCUUGUGGUCCGUCACUGAUCCGAUUUGGAGGUAAAGCGAAAGAGUAUUCACCAAGGGCCAGAAUUCGUUCCUGGAUGGGCGGAGUCGGAUUCUCUGCCCACACCUGCCUUUCCGCAGGACCUCAGCCAACCUCCCUGGCCCGGGUGUCUGUCCUGAGGUUGACCUUAUUCCUUUGUAGCAGGUACGAGUUGCCUUUCGACAGGCACGACUGGAUUGUCAACCGCUGCGGGACAGAAGUCAGAUACGUCAUUGACUACUACGAUGGCGGCGAGGUCAACCAGGACUACCAGUUCACCAUCCUGGACGUGCGGCCCGCUCUGGAUUCGCUCUCAGCUGUGUGGGACAGGAUGAAGGUCGCCUGGUGGCGCUGGACUUCCUAACCACUGCUUUGUUAGAGAUGGCAAAAUACCAACUUAUUUUUUUUUUCUGAACAAUACAUUAACUAUUUUCCCCCAACUGAAUAGCACUCAUGAUGUAGUGGGAACGCCAAGUGGGUCAUCACACCUUGCAUCUCACUUAGCAAAGGAUACUCUGCACGUGCUCUUUUGAGUUCUGUUUUCACCUUGCAGUUUGCAGCGGAUCUUUUUUUUCUUCCCAUCUAGGGACGAGGGAAACACGCCCUUGGUUUUUCCUUUAACUGCGGUACUGCCUGUGUAUUUAGAAAAGUCUGAACCAGCUCUGAGAAAGAACUUUGCUUAAAAUGUGAAGAGCUGCUUUGUUCCUUCCUGUGUUCUCUUGAAUACUGACAUGUAGACCCGAAAGCCCAUGGGAUGCUCGGGAGCUUUUACCUGGUCAAAUAUUUUAAUUAAAAGUGUUCUGUUAGGCUUUUUAAAAAGUUACCAGCAUUUCUAAAGUCCUCACAACACAGCAGCGAGCUCUGAAGAAAAUGUAGGCGCACAAAGGAAAUGUACUCAGCCAAACUGUGGUGUGUCCAGGCUCUUCAAAUUCUCGCCGAUGUGAGUUUUUCAGCCUGGCCCUUGUUACAGAGUAGUUUCCACUCCCCCAGGACUUGAUGCACGUGCACUGGAAUAUGUUUUAACUUUUUAUAUAUUUUCAUUUUCAUCCCCAUUGUUCUGAGACAUAACUCAGCUCCCUGCAAGCAGGUCUCAUUGUCCCUGGCAUCUGACACCGUACCCCACCCUCGAGUCCCAUCCCUCCCCUGCCUGAGGCCUUCCCUCUAGUCAGCCUAACCUGAACCUUGAAGGUCUGGCUCAAGUCCCAGUGCUGGGGACAGUGCCUCUCAAACACGACGAUGUUUUCUGGUUAGGCUUCACGAGAGGAUUUUCCCAGAUGUAGAAUGUGUGCACCAACUCACUGUCUUGAGUUCAGGUUUGUUUUUUAAGGGAGCUCUAAAUUAGCCUUUGAAAUUCUGUGCACCAGUAACCCAUAAACUGGUUGUUCCACUUACAGCAGCGUGUUAAAAAAAAUAACCAACAGUCAUUUGUAAGUGUUAAUAAUAUUAACUCCUUUCAUUUAUCCUGAGUAUUACAGGGCUAAAUUAGUAGAUGGACUUAAUCUGGAGUGAUUACUUUGGUAUGAAUUUCUUUGUUGUGUCUGUUUUGUGUGGAGUUUUAAGAAUCCAGCAACCUUAAACUUCUACAUUUCAAAAUAUUUGUGUACUUUAAAAUAAAAUAAAGCUGACAGUUAACAA